GCGUAAAUUCAACCGCAGAAGAAGAACUACUCUCGUUGUAGCUGCUGAGCAUAUCGGUUGAGAACAUGUCUUCGAAAAAAAGAUCAGUUUGCUCUGUUCUGGGUUGUAGUAAACAAGGAAAGACGCUCCACAAGCUCCCCACCAACGAGCAAACAAAAGCUCAGUGGAUAUUGUUCAUUUUUGAUGGGAAUGCCCCUGCUACAUUUCCCAAAAUUCUCCAUGUAUGUGGCAACCACUUCACAGAGGAUUGUUACACAAACUUCGCGCAAUACAAAGCAGGGCACAGCACCACACUUCGCCUCAAAGAAGGAGCAGUGCCUACAAUACAUGCUGGAUUACCUGCAGCACAAGAUCGUUUUAUCCACACGGGCACACAAACAGAAGCUCCAAGUGUGAGAACAUGUGCCACUCAACUGUCAAUUGGGACCUUGAAAACACACGUGCACAGCCAAAGGACCCAGACACCAGUGUUGUCACAUGAGACUGCUGGCACACAAACCACACUGCCUGAGUACAUGUUUUCAUCCACACCUAUAAAGGGGCCAGGGUUUGGACCACAAAAAAGAGCACGUGUUGAGUCAGAGGAGGAAGAGGGAUUCACCUCACCAGAGUCACAAGUCGACCCAAAUGACUCAACCUUUACUCCUGGCGGAUCCCUAACAACACACGAUUCAACAAUGUCGACUGAAAGUGCUGUAUACAUGGAUAAAAAAUACAUUGUAUUUGAGUCCUGCCUGAGGGAGCUUUUUGACACAUGUCCAGUGUGCAAGAGAAAAUGCGAAGUGCAGCAGCAACAGAAGGGCACGUAUGUUGCAUUUCAUCAAACGUGUCCAAAAUGCAACUACUCCAGGAAGUGGCAAAGUCAGCCCAUGAUGAAUAACACCCCAGUUGGCAAUGUACAGUUAUCUGCUGCUACAUAUUUCACUGGUGCAUCCUUCAUCCAGCUGGAAAAGCUAUGCCGCGCCUUGCAGCUCCAGAUUACUCAUUAUGACACCUUCCGGAAACAUGCAAGGAAAUACCUGGAACCUGCAAUCGUCCACAAGUGGAAGAGUGACCAGCAGGUCCUUUUCUCCACAUUGAAACCGGGGGGGAAAGUUCAAGUUGCAGGAGACAUGCGUGCAGAUUCACCAGGGCACUCUGUCUCAUUGAUCGGAAUCUUUAUAUUUACAUAGGUUGUACCUUGCAUCCAUGCAUCACAACGAAAAUUCCAGCCGUGAGCAGGCAACAACCGCUUUAGGCCAAGCUGUCUACAGAGUGUCGUAUCCGAAGGCCAAGAAGGGAGAACCCACCGCGAAGCCGGUCAAAACAGACCCCACGUACAACUAUGUGGCUGAAUUGAUGAGGCUGGUGUUCGAGGAGGUGAUGGAGGACCCAGAGUCUUUCGCAGAGGACAUGAGGAAGAUCGCCAUCCCAGAGACCCUGUCAGCCCAGUAUGACAGGCCCUUAAAGGAGGAAGUCAUUGCCUCACACGUGACCCGCUUCAGUCAAGGGGUGGGCGGAAGCCAACAUAUUGUCCAGCCAGAUCAGGAAACUCCUGGCGUAUCCGGCACACAACACACGACGGGAUGACAACUCGUACACGUCGUCCCAAAUAUCCCCAGCACCAGCUGACAAAGCUGCGGUAUGCUAAAUGCCGGUAGCGACU